GAGGCGGUUAACACAAUCAUCCCCUUCUGCGUAUUUGAAAUUUAAACUCAGAUACGACCCCAAACACCCUGGUCUCUCUUGGCAACAAUAAAACUCGGACCUUCAAUGUGGUCUUGUCUAGAAGGUAUCAUAAGGUGCAAGCACUAAGGCUCGAGGGUAAAGCAUGUAUGGACGUUGGAUGAAAAGGCAUCUGAAACGUUGAGUGUUCGGCAUCCCAUGUCCAACCGUGCUGUGCCUCACAUGUCCAUGUAUUGGCGCUCACGCGUGGUCAACGAAUUGCCGCAUGAGCGAGGGCUGGGGUUUCUUUUCUCUCCUUUAAAGUACUGGAGACACGAUAGGGCCGCUCCAAACUGUCAGCAUGAGUGGCCUCGUAUUUUAUGCUCCACCAGUGGCUCCUCUACUCCCUUCGUCGUCCUCCAGCAACGUACGGUCCUAUAGAUACUCUAGUUCGGCUAGCAACGAAAGACACGCCUUAAUUGACUUAUCAGGCGAUGUCGUUGCCGACACAAGUGUUCCGACCACAUCAGGAGGUGUCACAGAUGUUUGGAAAUGUACAUGGUUCAAUGACACCGGCUCCACGAAGGUUGCAGUGAAGACGUUCCGGCUCGAGAAUACCAACCAGGGUGAACUCGCCAAAACGCACAAAAGAUGGUCACAGCAAAUUCAUGCUUGGGCGAAGCUUGAACACGAGAAUAUUAUUCCAUUAUAUGGCAUUGUCAUGGACUUCGGUCCAACAGUAUCCAUAGUCCAUCCUUGGAAAGAAAACGGAACCCUCUCGACAUAUUUGUCGUGCAAACCAGCGUUGACUGUGCAAGAUAAAUUUAAACUUCUCGAAAACAUCGUCUCAGGACUUCACUACUUGCACUCUCAUGGCGUUGUCCAUGGGAAUCUUUCCGGUAAUAACGUGCUGGUGGAUGCGCUUGGUAGAGCCAGUCUAGCAGACCCUGGUCUCAGUGUGCUAGUUCCAGAAACUCUAGGCCUGUCGUACUUUCGCCUAUCAACAUCUGGCGCCAUACGGUUUGCUGCCCCCGAACUUUUCAAAAAGUCCAGUCGGGGAGAAGUGCCCCUGCCAAGUAUAUCCGGUGAUAGAUAUUCACUAGGCAGUAUCAUUUAUCUCGUCCUUUCGGGCUCUCAACCAUAUUCCACCUUGAAGAAGGACAGUGAUGUGCUCGUCGAGUUGCUUUUAGGAGUCGCCCCAGCAUCACCUUCUGAUUCCGACAAAUCCAUCACUCGGGAGCAGUGGCAGUUCAUUCAAGGCUGUUGGUCAGAAAUUCCGGAGAAUCGCAGGUCGACAAACGAAGCGCUCGAGUUUGUAGAUGUCAAUCUCGCUCUCUACGUUCCUUUCAGGGCUAUAUCCUUGACGGAAAUGCACUCGAGGUCAAGCAAGACAGACGGUUCGAAGCCUCGGUUAGUUUUGGGCCGCAGAGAUUUCUCUCCGGGUGAUCCAUUGCCUCCAGAUAUACAGGCGAGUUUGGCAGUCGGUUUGCGUCGCUCGCGAAACCCUGCGAAAGCUGCUGAGGCUGCCGUAUCUGUCAUUUUGAACGACAUUUUUGACAUAAGUCACGUCGUGCCUCAGUGGGAUUCCAAGGAAACAGAACACGUGGUAAUUAGUCACGCGUAUAAUGUUCUUGUCGAAGAUAUCAAAAUGAUCAGCGACGCAUUACGAGUGUUGCAAACAAGCAACCCGAAUGCAGUAGAAAGGUCCCUUGGUACACUCCGCUCAACAGUGGAACAAUUGUUAUUUGACGAGAGACGGAAACAACGAGCACCGCGCUCCGCUUUCUCGAUGCUUGUCUCCAAACUGCAGAACUUUUUGGACGAUCUUUGGAAGGAACUAUACGGGAACAGAGGGAAGUUGUCGGGUCCCUUCUGGGAAUGGUUUGAGAAGUGGAUGGCGAUGAUGAGAGCAUGGGAUAAUUCCCAAGCAGAGACUGCAGUCCAGAAUACUGCUACGUGCUUGUUAUCCAUCCUAUCCUAACAUAGGUAGUAGAAUCAUACUUAUUCUUAUGCGUCCCAGAUUCGUAUCCUGCAGCUGCUGGCCGUUCUGGUGUGAGGAGGCACGAGCGUUAAGCCGCCAUAAGCCGGAUCGGCAAGGUCGAUGUUAGCGUUGUCUGAGCAGUACUAAUGUAUCUCAGCUUGCUGCACACUUUCGCGAUUGCACGACAACGUCCAGAAGUGGGCGCCGAAUAUGUGUUGCACUGGUGCGCUUAAUCAUCAUUUUGAUUUUUUGGAC